AGCUAUGAGCGCCACGCGGAGGCGGCGCUGGCGGCGUCCCAUGCGCGGAGAUACCGGCGGCCGGCAUCGACCGUUUUGUGGCCGGUGAGAGAAGCUGCGGGGUGUCUGAAAGAUCACAAAGGUCGCAGUAAUGGCUACCGUGUUCGGCUACUGGGCGAUCAAGGGCCUUGGCCAGCCCUGCCGGCUGCUGCUGGAGCUGGCAGGAGAAGAGUACCAGGACAACAGGUUUGACCAGCUGCGAGCCGAGGAUGUCUGGAUCCAGGAGAAGGCCAAGAACCCGCACGGCCUGCCCUUCCCGAACCUGCCCUACUACGUGGACGGCGACCAGAAGCUGACGCAGAGCUCUGCCAUCGUGCGACACCUGGGGAGGAAGUACAACAUGGCCGCCAAAAACGACGCCGAGGCCAGCCAGCUGGACAUGCUAGAGGGCGUGGUGAUCGACGUGCGCACAUGGUUCUUUGACCUGUGCUACCAGACCGAGGAGGGCUUCAAGGCCGGCCUGCCAGAGGCGGUGCAGCGUUCCACCACCUACUGCCAGCAGCUGAACGCCUACCUGGGCUCCAAGCCCUGGUUCCUCGGCGACCGCAUCACCUAUGUGGACGUCAUGGCCUACGACAUGCUGACCAACUGGCGCGAGCUGGAGCCCAAGGUGCUGGACGGAUCCGACAACCUCAAACAGCUGGUAGACCGGUUCGAGGCGCUGCCCAACAUCAAAAAGUACAUGGAGAGCGACCGGUUCAUCAAGCCGAUCAACGCCCACAUGGCGGUGUUCGGCGCCGCCAAGUGAGGCGCUCUCCCAGCGUGAGACGACUCAGAGUCGAGCUUCUGACGUCAUGAGUAUCACAGUCAGGGUAUCUGGGGGACAGUCGGUGGGGACAGACUCAGGAAGCCGAGCUCUGUGGGUGAUAUUGAAACUCGUUCAUCUCUGAUAUUGUCAAACAUGACAUUCCGGGUCGUCUAAACAUUGUUUUGGGCGCUUUGUGUCAAAGCCAUUGGCUCUAACUGCUGUUAGUCAUAAAAUGACGUAAAAUCAAUAAAUAACGUUGCUAAG